UUUGAGACAAACAGGGACAGAGAAACAUGGCAGAAGAAGCUCCAGCAGCUGCACCGGCUAAAGCCCCGGCCAAAUCCCCGAAGAAGAAGGCGGUCCGGUCCAAGACGGACGGACCCAGCCUCCCGAAGCUGAUCGUCGCCGCUGUGGCCGAGUCCAAGGAGCGGAAGGGGAUCUCACUGGCUGCGAUCAAGAAGGUGCUGGCGGCCAAGAAAGUGGAUGUGGCGAAGUCCAACAAACGCAUCAACACCGCCGUCACCAAGAUGGUCACCAAUGGGGUUUUGAUCCAGACUAAGGGUACCGGAGCCUCCGGUUCCUUCAAGCUCGCCAAGACGGAGCCCAAAGUCUCCAAACCGGCCAAGAAGGUGAUCAAGAAGAAGGCUCCCGCUAAAGCCAAGAAACCCGCCGCCUCCGCCAAAGCUAAGAAACCUGCCGCGGCCAAGAAGGCAGCAGCUAAGAAGACAGCGGUCAAGAAGUCCCCGAAGAAGGCAACGGCCAAGAAAGUCGUCAAGAAGACGCCGAAGAAGAGCCCCAAGAAGCCUGCCGCUAAGAAGCCCAAAGCUGCAACCAAGAAACCCGCAGCCAAGAAAAGUGCAGCCAAGAAGCCUGCAGCUAAGAAAGCUGCAAAGAAGUGAAGCUGCUUCAUCUCCACUCACUCAUCAGCAAAGGCUCUUUUCAGAGCCAC